UCAGACGCCAAAAAAUCGUGUCUGCACAGACGCAGAUGCCAGAAAUUGUGUCUGCGCAGAUGCAAACGCUGGAAAUGUGGCUGCGUGUGAUCCGGCCCAGGCGAGGUAAACCUUGCCGACCCCUGGGUUAAAGCCUGCUCCCCAUGUCUGACAGAUCACUGUCCCCAUGUUGCUACUAGCUAUUAAAUAGCUGUUAAUAGCUAGAAGAGAGAGGAGGCGUUUCACCAAUACUGUACAGUUUUGCUGCGUUUAUCACUCUCUCGCUGCUGCCAUUCACAGAAAGUUGCAUUGUGGGAGUAAACAUGUUUGCUUGGUUCCGUUUAGGGCAUAUGAGGCACGCAAAAGGCGACCAUCGUUAGGAAAGGAAUUGUCAAUAUCGUAAAUGCUGGGCAGAGAGAAAACAGCAUCUUGUUUUUGCAAUAAUGAGGGCGAUUAUAUCUGGCUCGCUGUGUUUCUGGGAAGUUAAUGAGCCAGGGCAUCUGUUAUGAUUAAAUCACUUCUAUUCCCACAGUAGCAGUACUACAGCAAGAUUAAAAUAAAAAAUAAAAAUUCCAACACAAGUCACUAGUAAGCUUCAAAAUGGUGGCAUAGUACCUUGGGGGUCAUCUUUGGCACCUUCAAGGCUGACCAGCACAUUGUGAUACAGGCAUUUACGCAUGUUCAUUAUGUGCGCAAUUGCGCACAUGCGCAUCACACCAAACCCAGAAGUGACAUGAAAAUGUCACAAAAGGGGCAGAAUGGAGUGUUUGUAUACCUUUUCAAUGGUGUUUCAAAUAUACACUACUUCACUUGGUGCUUUUUGUAAAUUCUAAAGCUUUCCCCUCUAAAUUCAGAUCCUUCCCCUCCACCCCAGUAAUCAUGUGCACAAUUUAAUCCCCAAAUUUUCACGAGCCAAAAGCAGAGGAGACUCAGGCAAGUUGCUCCACAGUUGCUUGAUUCAGUGUUUUGCUUAGAAAAAAGUCAGUGUUCUACUACAUACAGCAAGUGAACCAAUGGGACAAACUCCAUCAGUCAAUCAAGGGUUUUUCAUGCUAGGCAUAGCUUCGGCUAUCUUUGCCAGCUUACAUGUCUUGCAGCACAUGCAUUCCCAGAGACUGCGUGAUUAAUUGAGUGCUUGCUGCCUUUCGACCAGUCACUUCCCAUCCUCCUCAGGUGACCAUGCUUUGAAACUAUCACACCGCCCCCAUAACAUUGUAGUCACAUCAUGGGUGUUGCGUCUUUGCAUGCUUGUAAACCCAAGUGUGACUGCAGACUGGGAUGAGAGUCAGAACAGGAAUGGAAUCGGAGAGGCAGAGCUUCAGUAGAUGAAACAAACUAAAUUGUGUUCUCUGACUUCUUGAUUGAAAGCUCCUAUCUUGGGUUUAUGAGUGACCAAAAGUUCUUUUUACGCUGAGUCGGCAGGGAGUGGGGCCAAGAUGCCAAUACCUCCUCCCCCUCCCCCUGGACCACCCCCACCCCCAACUUUCAAUCAGGCUAACACAGACGCUCCAAAACUGAACAGGGAUGAGCAGCGAGGGAGGGGAGCCUUGCUGCAAGACAUCUGUAAAGGGGCCAAGUUGAAAAAGGUGACCCAAGUCAAUGACCGGAGUGCACCCGUCAUUGAGAAAUCUAAGGGCAGUGGCGGGUACAACUCCGGCGCAUCCCCUCUGCCACCAAAGGGCGGCCUCUUCCAGGGUGGUGUCCCCAAGCUUCGACCUGUGGGAGUAAAGGACAGUUCAGAAAGUCCCUCUGGGAAGCAGUGCCUCCAGGUCCCUGGGUCCAGAUCAGCAGCUCCGCGGCCCCCGGUGUCUGCAACCAGCAACCGGCCCCAAGAUGACGCUGACAACAGCCGGGCUUCCCCUCCGGAACUUCCGCGCAUGCAGAGACCUUCCUUGCCAGAUCUCUCGCGGCCAAAUACCGCCAGCGGCACCGGCAUGAAACACAGCUCAUCGGCUCCGCCGCCUCCACCCCCGGGACGCCGAGCCAACGCACCCCCUGCCCCUCCUCCCAUGCACAGCAGCAAAGCACCUUCCUACAACCGCGAAAAGCCCUUGCCACCAACGCCAGGACAGCGGCUCCCAGGGACUCGGGAUGGACCGCCGGCUCCUCCCCCUAUCAAGCCGCCCCCUUCCCCAGUGAAUAUCCGAACGGGACCAAGCAGUCAGGGCCAGUCUCUGGCGCCCCCUCCUCCACCUUACCGCCAACCCCCCGGUGUACCCAACGGCCCUGCCAGCCCCACCAACGAGUCCGCUCCCGAGCUUCCGCAGAGACACAAUUCCUUGCAUCGAAAGACACCAGGGCCUGGAAGGGGUAUGGCUCCUCCCCCGCCCCCUUCAGCCUCCCCUUCUUUACAGAGCAGUCGGCCCCCACCUCCUGCCCGUGACCCUCCAAGCCGGGGCGCAGCCCCUCCACCGCCACCACCCAUGAUCCGAAAUGGCGGUAGAGAUGCGCCUCCUCCUCCCCCACCCUACAGAAUGCACGGGACGUCAGACCCUACGAGCCGUGGGAAACCCCCACCCCCGCCCACCAGAACGCCAGUUGGACCUCCUCCGCCUCCCCCACCCAUGAGAAAUGGACACCGGGACUCUAUUUCCACUGUCAGGUCUUUCUUAGGAGAUGACUUUGAAUCUAAAUACUCCUUUCAUCCAGUGGAAGAUUUCCCAGCACCAGAAGAGUUCAAGCACUUCCAGAAGAUUUAUCCCAGCAAAACGAAUAGAGCUACUCGUGGGGCCCCUCCUCUGCCUCCCAUCCCAAGGUGAAAAACAGCAGCUGGGCAUGGUUCCACAGCACCAAAAAAAAUGGACCUGUGUUCUCAGAUUUCCCCCUCCCUCCCCAUCCCUCAGAAACCUGCAUGAAAAAUACAUUCCUGCUGUUGAUUCCCCCAACCCCCAAACUGUUUCAAGAACCCGGGCAAACCUACCAUUACUCACUUCCAUCUAUGCAUUUCACACCUGGACUUAAAAGGACGUCUCUUGGCACAGCUGGGUGAGAACCCUUUUCUGCAGAUCUGUGUGGGUUUCUCAUUUCCCUUGCCAUUCGUGUCAUGGAGGGAAGAGCCACCCCAGUUCACAAACAACUACUGUUCAAGAUCAAGGGUCCAGUGAAUAUUUUCCAGAAACGCAAGCCAAACAGGACUGUUUUGGAUCUCUGGGCCAGGUCGAAGCAACUGAUCUUUGCCUAGCGUAGGGCAGAGAAAUGCCUGAAAAGUGGGGAAUUCUGGUUUUUUUCUUUUUAAGAGGUGAGCAUUAGAAGGACUGAAAUAGCUAUUCUGUUUUUGAAUGCAGACACUACAUACUAACACGUUAAAAUUGUGGUUAACUUGAAGGGAGGAGGGGAGAAAAUUAGUAUAAACAGCAUCGCUUGCAGCGAAUUCUAAAUAGAGAAAGCUAUACAAAUGUAGCAGCAUCCAUGGUAGCACAAGUGAAAUUCAGGGUGCAGAUUUACACUCCAUCGCUGCAGCGCUCCUUGUCCUGCAGAUCUGAAGCUGUCAUCUUUCCCUUGAGUGUCGGCUGCUAGCAUUCCAGUCCAAAUCCCUGUGACUCCUAAUCAUGCCGAUUAUAAUCUUGUCAGUCGCUACUGCCACAUGUGUGGCAUUGCCAUGGGCGCAAAUGUCGCGGCCAUGCAGGGCAGAGUGCACUUUAGGCCCCAAGUUGUAGUUGUUGUUGUUCAGACUAUGACAUUGACUGUCUUGCCUCUUCAGAAAGAUCACUUCCUACUGUUUCCACGAAUGAAGUCACGGCCCCAUCUUGUCUCCUCCAGCCGUGGGUAGCUUUGAGAAGGAGUUGUCCUAUGUAUUAAUGCCCUCUGGCAGCAGGCGUGUUUUGGGGGCUUACCGUUGUGCUGAGGGUUGAGUGGGUCCCGGCUGCCUGCCCACCCUGAGGCACCGGAAGGAAGUCAGAUAGGGAAGCAUUCAGCUCUGGUUAUGAGUGGUGUCCUAUUCCAAGCAGCGGCCCCCAGCCGGUGUGUGCAAAUGCAAACGGUUAAACGGUAAAUUGAUCACUCGUAACUCUGAGUUGAUCGUUGUGACGGUUAAUAUCCCACUCCAGCAAAGUAGCUGCUAAGGUUGGGGGUGACUAGAGAGCCCCCUUCAUGCAAUAUAUUUUGUACACAGAUGAUCAUGUUCUCGGUGCUUCUUGCACACGAGGAGGAGGAGGAGAGUUGCCAUCUGUGCAUGUGAGCGUUGGGGUGCUUGUUGCUCCCCCUGUGGAAGUGUCGCCUGUGCAAUCUAGGUGUCUUGGUUGUAGCACAGAAAACCUGGCCGGCCAUCAGAGGGAGAUCUCAUAGUGCUUGUUUUGGGGCUUGAGGUCAGAGCAGUGGCAUUCUCAUUUGCCUUUUUACCAGUAAGCAAGAAAUACACUCCAGCUGUAGAUUGCACAUGUUCUUCUUGGUGUGGCUUUGUCUCCAUGCAUGGUGGCCUGCUCAGAAAUCACUACUACACUGCUUCCCAGAAGUAGAUGCAUCCCGUUCUGCGCUGAACACUAUUGAUCCUGAAACAGAAGCAGAAUUGCUGUCAUCUUCUUGGCCCCUGCACUUGUUUAUACUUGAUGCAGAUUGUUAUAACAUCAGACCUAGCUAGCUAACUGGUUGGUUGAUUUUUUUUUGCCUUACACAGUACUUCUGUCAUGUGAUUGGUACCAGAUUUGUUAUAAUUAUUGUGUAUAUUUACUCUUGAAUAACUUGCGGGUUGGGAAAUACGUGUUAUAAUCAUAAAUAUUGAUCUAUUUUGUAUGUUGUAAAAAGUUUGUAAUAUAGGAUCAAGGUAGGCUUGCUGGCCAUACACUACAAAAGCUCCCUCACCUUCUACUUAAUCUUUUUUUUUUUUUAAUGAUGAUGGAAAUUCAUCCACUUUUAUGUUAAUGACCAGGCAGUCCCUCAUGUUGAGGGCUAAUGCUUGGUUGGAGGAAUUCCUUUUUUCUUCUGGAGGAAAAUUAAGUCUUACCCAGCAUAGCUUGCUGGGAAGAGAAGUUAAAUGCACUGUGCAUUUUUGAUGUGUGUGUUUAAUUUUUAUUAAAGAUUAUGUUCCCUAUAAUGUUAGCUUCCCGUAGAUAAACCCUUUGUGAAGCAACUGUGAAGGGGGUUCCUAAGUUCAAAAUGGCAGUGGAAUUAAAACUUCUUAAAUGAGGCACCUGUGUUAUACUUGCACGUUCUGGGCCAAAGCACUGCUUUCUUCCUCCUUCCUUUUUCCCCAUGUUAGGUCUGUUCUUAUUGCCUGGGGGGGCGGGAUGGGUUGGGGUUGGGGUGGCUUUGCAUUUCCUUAUUGACCAGGUGUGUUUGUACAAGGGGAAACUGGCACACAGAGAGACAUUUUCCUAUUUCAUCCUGUCCUAAGACCUCAGACCAGGUUUAUAUAGCAUUUUAAAAACCACAAAUGUGAAACUCGCAUCACCCACUACCAAGAUGAAAACCUCAAAUUUGCUCUCCCAACUCAUUGACUCUGCCAAAAGGUAUUUGAGUUUUGCUGAAGGUGGCAGACAUACUUUAUGCCUGGAGACUCUUAGCAGUUAGUUUUGUUUUUAGCAAAAUCAAGCAAUGAAGUUUCUUUCCCUUGGGCUGUACCAUUUCAGGCUGCAGAUGAAGGAAUCACAUAUUUGAAUACAAUUCCUUCUAGAAAAAGUUUAUAUUAAAAAUCAUGCUCAGCCUGGUAAUCUUCUGGCAUGGGUUUUUUGUUUGUUUGUUUUUGUUUUCAGAUAGAGGACUGAAGCAUGUUUCUUUCUGUAUACAUCUUGAAGAACAGUCCAGGAUAAGUUUCAAAUAUUUCCUUCUCUGAACAAAGAUUCAGGAAUGGUGAUCAAGAUACCAGUUUUUAUUUCAUUUCCACAGCUGUCCCUAUUGAUAUGUGGUUUUUUCCAGGAUUAGCUGCAAGAAAAUGCAUAGUGGCCUGAUUCGCACAUCAUAUUAAACCAUAGUUAAAAUAAACUGUGGUUUAAUGUGAACAUGCAGUGUGCUACUAGGCACUGCUGAAGUUGCGGGUGGUUCGCUCCUGCACUCCUGGUGUUGCUAUGGCUUACCAUUAUGUCGAAACCCACAACCUUGAUUUAUUUUACUCCAAACCACCAAUGAUUGGUAAUCAAGGUUUGUUCCUGGCUUACCGCUUGCGGGGUAGGUUCAGACAGAACACUAAGCCAUCAUUUUAAACCGUAAUUUUAACUAUGGCUUAAUAUGGAAAAUAUGGACAAGACCAAUCUUAAGAGUGUAAUGCCGGUUGCAGCUUUUGGGCCUCAUCUGCCUGGUUUCCUGAAACGGUUGCCUUACAGAUUUGGAUGCUGGGUUGAUAGAACAUAGCAGCACAAUGCAGACAUGCAGGAGCCUCUAUGUUGUGAAGCUGUGAAAGACGCACAUGCUGCCAAGAAUAACUGCACAAUAUUGGAGAUGCAGAUUCAGAGGACAGGCUGCCUACAGCUCUGAAUCAGUAGUACUGUGUGUGCCAUUAUUCCAUGGAAGUGCAGGAGAUGCUCACAUGUCCUGGUGCAGAACUCUGUUUUCUGAGAAUGGACCUGGACCAUUUUUGGGGAGUCAAAAAUGGUUCUAGUCCUUUGUAGCCAACAAGAGGUGCUUGAAAACGUGUGGGCAGUGCCUAGUGGAGUAUUAACCAGUGGAACAGCUGGAUAAGCUUACUGGUGGUCAAGGGAAAGAGACGCCUUCAUUGUUCUGUGUGGUUCAUUGACACCAACGCAUGGCUAGCAGCGUCAGAAAUAGAAAAUGGGGCAGAAACAGAAUCAUGCAGAUUGGCUAAAUUUGUAUAAUAGGUUAUAGAAUUCCACAUUUCUUGGUAUAGGAUUUGAGUUAUCUUGGCUCAGUUCUUGUGUGCGCACCCAGCCCUUCUCUCACUAGUCUUCCAUUGUAACUGAAGUGUGAAACUGCAUGAGUGUGCCAGGGCAGAGGCUGUUGUGGAGGGUGCAACACGCCCAUUGUUGAAUAGCAAGUUUUCAGAGUUUCACUCACUGUGCCUUAUCCUCAGGUGGCUCCCAUUGGGGGUUUGUGUGUGUGGGAUAUUGGUCAAUCUUUUGUCUCUUGCAAGCUGAUAUGCACUCUGUAUCCUAUGUUAAGCUUUGGUUUAACAGUAUCAUUACUGUUAAGUGAAGAAACACUACUGAGAGCCACUUCUUGUGGUUUCAAGAACUAGAAUUUUGGUCUCUUGCACUGUUACUUUGUUUCAAGUCUACCCUUUGCCUUUAAGAUAAAACUGUCCUUUCGUUUGCCCCAUCACCUUUGCUUUGCUUUUGUAAAGGUUUCGAAAAGCUUCCUCUAGUCUAGACUGCCUGCAAGUGAAGAAUCCCAGGAUUCUUGAGUCGUUUGCUGUGAGCAGAAUCAUGUGAGGCAUCUUUCUCUGUGAGGGUUAUAACAUUCUUACACAAUUUGCUUAUCCCAUUACAAAAUAAGCAACUGUGUUCUUGAUGUGGCAUUUGGAGAAAUCCUUGGUGUUUUUUUAAAACCUUUGGUUUGGUGUUUGUUUUUUUGCCGUUAAAAUGGUCAGAAUGCUUUGAGAGAGUCUUAAAUUCCAUGAACUGUGAGCUAUCACAAUAAGCACAGAUGGUUUGGGUAUUCCCGUAUGAAUGGAGUACGUGAUCAGUUUUUAUACUAAGCAUCCCUCUUCCUGAAUUUAUUUCCUAAUGGGAGCUCCAAAGAGCAAUUCCUGCCAGUUUCCUCUAAGGCUUAUUUGCAGAGGGCAGUAGUUUAAGAUUUGAGUUAGCAGCAGCAGCAGCAGCAGCAGCUGUAUGCCCCUGUUUCACAAAACUGCUGGUAGAGGGCUUGUGAGAAGGGUUAGUGAAUAACUGUGCUACAAGACAUACCCCGAGACUUCCAGUACAGCACAGUAUCCUGCCCACUCUGCAGAGCAUGUUUGUUUUCGAGGCCAGCUCCUCUCCCUCCUAAAUCCAUAUCAUUCAUCAUACAGUAAUCCUAUCUUUGUUUUUAAUGGGGAAAUGACUAGUCUUCGUCAUUUCCGUAGAGAUGAGGGUUUAACACAUGAAGGUAGCAUCUGCUGAAGCCUCUUGAGAGGCCGAUUGAAGAGAGGGUGGAGGGUUUUUACUCUUGCUCCCAACCUACUAUGUUUGAUAGUGCCUCCUUCUCUUUUACUAUUUCACUACUUUGCAAGACACUGUACCUGACCCACAGUAAGUGGUGCUGUCUUUACUAAAAUUGUAACUGCGUCUGCUGAUGCAGAAUUGAGUCUGUGUCCAUGAUCUAAUAAAUUAAUCAAAUACAAA